AUGACAACACCGAAGAUCCACGUGCAAUGUGCUGGUGUGCGUUCCAAUCAAUUUUCUCCACCACCAGACGACAACGAGUGCUCAUUCGUUGACGAUUCAAGCUAUGCAUCUUUUCCAUUUCUCGUGCGUGUGGAGGUUAACAGCGUCUCAUUCAUAAAUCGCGGGACGCACGUCGAGGAGCGGCGCUUCGUCUUCUCAGAGCGCGUCGUGCACGCCGUGUUGGCAGACUUUUCUCAGCAACAUUUGUAUAGAAUGACAUCACAUUCCAAUGUAUCAUGGGAUGGCAGUACAGCGCCAAAAGAGACGUUUCAGCUCCAACUCCAUCCCCACUUAUGCGUUCUCGUGCGCUCCGACUGCUUGAACAUUUACACGGCAGCCGGCGAAGUGUUUGAGGUGGCGCUACCUUUUCAAGCUAAUCGCCUUUUUCCGAUUAAAGGUCAGGGUCUGCUUAUGCAGCGCAGUCCAGCGGUACAGAUCCCAGUAUCAAGACAAACCCCAGAUAUUGCGGCAAUGGCCCUGGCCCGCAAGGGUCGACGUGCAAGCACGAGCAAUCGAGGAGACAACAACAAAUAUGAUUAUAGCUUUGAGGGAUAUAAAAAACCAACACGACCAAGGUAUUUUACACUCAGGCAUCCUCUUGAUGAGAUUAAACCUAUAGCUUUAAGUGCAGCCACGAUCAAUGGAGAAAAACUAUUUAUUUCAGACUCUCAACUAGAAGGUGUGGAUGUUUUGAUGGAUGGAGUAGGGCCUAUUUUUGUUGCCUUCCAUCAAUAUGAGCAGAAUUUCUGUGUCUUUCGGCUGAAUGUACUGCAAAAGUCGGCAAAAGAGCGAAAUCCAGAGAUUCGAGUGGUUGAUGGACCAAUGUGGACAAGGUUUUGGACUAAAAAUGACUUAAAGGAAUCACGGGUGUGGAUUGAUCCAGAUUGGAUUGCAACGACGCUCUGGAAAACUUCGCAAGUAGGCUCUAUCAAACCAAACUCAGCAUAUUUGUCGCCGAUUGCCUCAUCAUUUCUUCGCUUGUCCACUCCACCUGAUACACAGAAGUCAUCGUUGCUGGAGUAUAAUUUUAAAAGAGCGUUUUUUGCAUCAAGUGUCGACAACUCUCCGUUGUUGUGCUUGCUGGACAAAGAUACUGGAACUCUGCUGCUAAAAUCCGUCGUCGAACUAGAUAACGAGAAUAACGAGACCGUUGCUCUCGAUAAAGGCAACAACUGCAGUAACAGCGUUCGUAUUUUGCACUGUCUUGACGCGGUACCUAUUCGACAACCUGGCUCUGUAAAGUCAUUUAAAAGUACCAACAUUGCGGAUUUUGAAUUCUCAACAGACAUUGUGGUGCUUGAAAGAGACUAUUCUCUCACCCUGUACCGGGCGCAUUUUCCAAUUUGCUAUUUGGUCGUUCUUGACGUGGAAUUGAGUAAUAUAUUAAUGGGAGCUGUUGGUAAGGGUGAUUUGACGAAGAAUGGUUUGAGCGGCAGCGUACAUUUAAAUGCUGUCGGCAGAGGCUCUAACUACGAGAUUAUCUAUCCAAAUCUUCGCGGUUACGGUUCUGAAAAAAAAGUGCGAUUUGAGCAUCCACUACAGGUAUUAUGUUGUCCACUUUUAGAGCAGAUUUAUCUUGUGCUGGCUAGCAUUAUUCCCCCUAGAGACUUUUGUGUACUUAAAGCUCAUGUUGUCAGCUUGGCACAGUAUAAAGCUCAAAGUUGCAGACAAUUACAUGAAUUUACGGGGCUAGAGUGGCAGGCUUUUAGUGAGUGCAUCCUCAAUCUACAACUUAAGCAAUCAAUUGAAGAAAGUAAGGUUGGACCGGAAGAAAUGUCCAGCAACGACGCAGAGAUGACUGCUACUUCAUCAUUCAAUGCGCUACAACUCAGUGAGUUUCAUGAUAUUUAUCAGUAUGAGCACGCCAUGCUAUUCGCCACGAUGGACCUACCUGUGAUUAAAUCCACUGUUAGAUGCCAUCGUAUUACUCGGUCGAAAGAAGUCAAAACAAAUACCGGAUUGUCGUCUCUGGGUAUCUCCAGUGAGGUAAUUUUUGCCGGACUUCACAUGCUUUGCGAAGAUUUGAAAAUGUCAACCACGCUUCUACAAGAUCGAUUGCAUCUGGCAAAAUUCUUGCUCGCGAUGGCUAAGCAACUAAAAUUGGAUCGCUUUAUCGAGUAUUAUCAGGCGGAUAAUUGUGUCUUGCAACGCUGUGUAGAGCAAAAUAAAGAAUGUGUCGAAACGAAACGACCCCGAAAAACCUUAAAGAACAGUUUGCUCUGCUUUUCAGCGUACGGAUCCGUUCCCGACUUGCUUUUGUGGCUGCAAGACAAAAUAUCGGCGACGUCAAAGAACUUAGUAAACUUUUACACGCUUUUUGACGAUGUCAUCAAAUUUUCUGGCUGCCUGCAUCGACUCUAUGAUCGUCCACUUCGACGCACUGACUCGAUUUGUCGAAUUUUUGGCUUCAUGUGUCCAAAUUCGGUGGAGAAAUAUUCUUGUGUGCAGACUGCUCAGUCAAAUACAUCUGAGCUGAUCAUGUUUCUAACACAAGAUCCUGUCGGUAAAAUGCUAUCGAUCGACGACCUUCCUGUUGGCCUAAGCUUUCCCAUAAUCCAAACCAUUAAUCAGUUGAAGCACCAUCCACCCUCAUUCAUUACCGAAGACAUAUGUCAAAUGCUGGGACGAGAAGACCUCAGUGCCAGCGCAGAACGAUUGCCCGAUUAUUUUCCAAUCUCUGAAAGGGAAUACCCACGCAUUGCCAUAAGGAAAUCAGAAGACUUUCGAAUUCAGAGCGACAAGGAAAAUCAUAAUGAAUGUGAUGGUCUGGAAGAUCUUAUAUGUCGAAGCCAGCCGCUAUUCCCAUCUGAUCAGAGAAUGAAGGAGGUUGCGCGACUUCUGCGCUCGAGUCGCCCGCUGUGUCUGAAACUUGAGAAAAAACCAGAUUUGUCGGAUCUUGAUUACGCCCAGGAGCAGCAAGCUCGUUUGUUGCUUCUCUGCAAACGAUCGAUGGCACUCUCAGUAGCUCGUGGUAUGGUCACACUGGGUAGUUUGGAUACUUCGUCCGCUCAAACACAAACUUGGCGACUCCGAAUCCCUGCGCUGCCCUUGCAAGGUCGAAAACCACCUACGAAUGCUAUUGUAGAGCUUGAUCUUUCUGGCUAUGCCAAAGAGUUGACCUACUGGCCUCAGUUUCACAACGGCUGCGCGACAGGCUUACGCCUUCCAACACACGAUCUCUCGGGUGUAAUAAAUCGCCAUUGGAUCAAGUAUCAUCGACCUUCAGUCGGUGAUAUGACGCAGCGAAGCUUAAUCGGAGCUGCAGGCAGUGAGCAGGCAACAUCAAUGCAGUCAACUGGUGGUUUUGGUCGUAAUCUGGAAGAGGCAUAUGCAGCUCAUGCAGGAUUGUUGUUGGGGAUUGGACUCCGUGGACAUCUUAAAUGCUUAUCCAUGGCUGAUGUAUAUAACUAUUUGUCCCUGUCAAAUGAAUUUGUGACAGUUGCGAUCAUGCUUGGUAUGGCAAGCACAGCUGCUGAUUGUCGACGUAAGCAAAAGCAGCAAACUUCAAUGUCAACGACUGAUUCAACCGACGAGCAGAGUCAAAUUCCACAAGCAGCACAUACGCUUGAUGAGAUGGCGUCACUUGAGGCAAAUCAUUUUUUGACCGGCUUUUCUGACCUUGCUUCGUCCGACGCCACACCUCUUCUUGGAAUUGGUUUAGAGCUGGCAUUAGAGCGAUCAGUUUCCAAGAUGUUGUGUUUACAUGUCCCGUCUUUGCUGCCGCCACCAUUCAGGGGAUUUUCAGUGCCUGCAUCAACUCAGACAGCAGCACUUCUUGGACUCGGCAUUCUGUACCAAGGAACAGGUUACCGGUUAAUGACAGAACUACUGCUUGCUGAGAUUGUGCGAUCUCCUUCGAGUUCUCAGUUCGUGGAAAGCACUGGCACUACAGGCUCAUCUACACCAUCGUUUGAUCAGAUUGAUGGUUAUGCAUUAGCAGCAGGAAUGGCACUUGGCCUUGUUACCCUCGGUCGUGGUCAUUCCACGACGGGAGACCCUGGACUGGCCGAUCUUAAGCUCGAAGAAAAGCUGCACAAGUACAUCGUCGGUGGGGCUCAACAGUCUCGAGAAUCAAAUGCGAUUAGAAGCUGCUUGUAUCGUGGCCGACAAGCACAAGGGGAUGGUAGUCUGGGCAUCGGCCAAGAUUUGAGUGGCAGCACAACAGGUCACAUGGCAUCUGAGAGCAAUGACACUAGUCGCGAAAGAAGGCAUCCAAGCAAUCGCUCCGGGGCUCGUGGUAGCAGCGAGCUCGUGAACAUUUCGGUUACUGCCUGCGCAAGCGCUCUGACUUUGGCCUUUAUGUACAUGCAGACAAGUAAUAAAGCUGUGGCGGCGCAACUGGCAGUACCAGACACACUCAUUCUUUUAGAUCACAUUCGCCCGGACAUUCUCUUAGUGCGCACGCUGGCCAAAAAUCUGAUCAUGUGGAACGAAAUAUCACCUACAAAGGAAUGGAUCGAGCAAAAUGAAAUUCCCGCGCAGCUUCUGCAAGAGUAUACCUCAAUUCAGAAACGUAAAGGAGGAACGCAGGUGAAAAAUUCAACUGGCCCGGCGUCCCAUGCGGAUCUUAGUUCGAUCUGCGAAGCGUAUGCAAAUAUAGCAGCAGGUGCGUGCAUGAGUAUGGGGUUGCGUUUUGCAGGUACUGCAAAUGUAUCAGCUCGGGCAACACUUCGUAGUUAUGUGGUGCACUUUCGUGGCUUGAGAAAUAAUGCAUCUUCGCCCACAAUGCUUUUAAGUGGAAAAAGCAAUGUUGUUGCCGCUGCAACAGGGCGUGCCACUGUGGAGCGAUGUCUUGCCGUGUGUGCGCAAGCGCUUGCACUUGUUGAUGCGGGUAUGGGCCACGUUGAAACGUUGACAUUGUUGCGGUCUAUAACGCUGCGACAACGUGUGGACUCAGCAAUGACUUACGGAAAUCACAUGGCGCUGAGUAUGGCAAUCGGCUUGCUUUUCCUUGGCGGCGGACGUGCCACGAUCUCGCAGUCGAAAGAGGCGAUUGCAGCAUUAGUGAUUUCACUUUACCCAAUGCCGCCAAUAAAUACGGCAGAUAACAAGUAUCAUCUACAAGCUUUUCGUCACCUUUACGUAUUGGCAGUGGACAACACGCGAUAUCUGAACACUGUAGAUGUGGAUACUCAAGAGACCUGUACCGUGCAAAUUGACGUCACUUUGGCUCCUAAAGCUAAGGUCCAGCGAGUGUUUCAAACUCCGUGUCUCCUACCUGAUAUUGCAACAGUCAAACGUCUUGCAAUCUCGGAUCCUGAAUAUUAUCCGGUUGAAAUUCUGUCAUCGCCAAUUUCGGACCAACUGAAGUCAUCAGGACCCGUCAAUAUAAGGACAGCCAAUUCAAUACGAUUGGAAGUUUUGCGGAAUAAUAACGUGAUUCUCUUGAAGCGCAGGCAUCGUAAAACUUUGAACAUUGCAUACCCUACGGGCAGCACCGACAACAAUCAACUGAGAAGGCUUUUUUGUACAUACUUUUUGUCAAGUGAUUCUAAUGCUGUUGAUGAUAUUAAAGAUAAUAAAAAAAUUGACGAUCUAUCUGUUACAGCGGAUUGGGGUAACAGUUGGUGGUCAACGCAGUUGAGUUCUUGGAUACUGAAGGACGCCUACGAGGAACUACAAACGGUAAAGCUUUUAUUUCUCAAUGCGUUGCACUCGCUCUUUCGCCUGCAGCAAGUGCCACAAUUGUCGACUGCCAUAGACGUUAUAAGCCUACUCAUGUUUAGCAAAUAUUGUCGUCUGCACUUGAGUCUUUCCGGAAUCGUACUUGAUUCAAAAGAGUUCAAGUCCACGCAAUCCACGACUCCGCAAGACUUCACGAAAAACAGUUUUAUCCUUUUUGAGUUUGGUGAAUGGCUUACGAACCAAACGGAAGAAGCACUCCGCGCGUUGUGGUAUCGUACCUCGCUACAUGUUAUGGCUUCAGCGCGAGUCCAAUUGGUGCCGUUGACAUCAUACAGUGUAUCUGAAGCAUUUUGCUUUAAUGUGUUGGUGCAGUAUUUCGCUGGACCUUCCCUGUCCAUGGUGUCGAUUGCAGUGCAUCAAAGCCUCUCUUACAAGGGUUGGCGAGCCAGAAUUCAGCGAGCACUAGCACGCUCUCAUAUCCAGCAUCAGUCACGGCAAACAGCACAAUUUCAACUGUCGCCUUUUCUUGAGAAUCAGAAGCUUACGGAUAUAGAAAAAACAUUUUGGCUGAAGCUGGUUUCGUUCUUCUUGGAGACUGAAGGGCUGAGUCAAGAUAAACGUGGAAAAAAGCAAUAUGAAUGA